GGGCGGACAGGCGGGAGGUCCGAGAGGGAGAUCCCCAAAAUUCCAUUGGGCGCCCAGUCGGAUGCGCAUUCCUUGGUCAAUUGUUAACAGCCUUGGAUGGGUGGAAGGUCCUGGCGGCAGAGAUCAGUGAUUAUGAUUAUUUCUAUUAUAUACACAACAAUGGGCAGCGCAGGUGCCAGUUAUUUAGCUAGGGUUGGCCUUUAUGCGCAUCGAGUUCUUCCCAAGGACCUAGGAUUUAUUAAUUUAUUUUUAAUUUAUGAUUAUUAUUACGAAGUUACCAAGGACCGUGGUGGCCAUUUGAAAAUAUACUGAGUACUUAAGGAAAGAGAAAACUAAAAACGAUUAAUGGGGAUGACUAGAAUGGCUAAAGGCGAGAGAAACAAACGAGUACUCUUCCUAUUUCCCCCACAAUAACAACGUGAAGUAGGUUGAUAUGAGAAAGGGGGAGAGUGGCCCAAAAAUAUGCACAAGUAUACACAAAACAGGUAAGGAAUAAAAAAGUGUACACAUCUGCCUAAAAACCAAUGGGUGUUGAAAUGGAAGUACCCAUCUUAGAGAAAGGAAUGACUUGCUAAUAUUGAGCAAUUGUAACUGACAACAUUUGGGAAUGUUCCAAAGAAGACAUUUACUUUCAUUUGCUAAAAAAUAUGAAGUGCUGCUUUGAAUUAGAGGACUCUCCAUAGUUGGUUGAAGGGAGGAAUGGAAAGGAGCUAGGCUUACUUAAAAGUAUGUUUUAGCAGAGAGAAUUUGUAACCAGGAGAUUGCUUGGCAAACCACCAACCAAUAGGAAUCUACCUAGAAGAAACAAGCUCAUUGGGGACUUUGUUACUGGCGCCAAUCCCUUCAAAAAUAAAGUGGAAAUGAAAGAGGGGCAGCAUUUGCUAGCAGUUCCAGGAUGCUUAUCGCAGGUUAUCGGCGAUUGAACAAGGAGUAUCUUACAAAUUCACUGAUUGAACGGUUGGAGCUACCAAAAGGAGCAAUGUUUUAUUAAAAUAAUCUAAAACUGCUUUCAGUGCUUUUGAAAAGAAAAAAGCUCACCACAUUGAACCAAUGGUUUGAAAGAUUCUGAAUAGUGCCAAAACUUUCAGUGCUUUUGAUGCUUAUUUUAUUUCCUUAAAACAUGAUAAUACAGUUCUCAUGGAAGAAAUGUUUCCCAUUAUAUUGUGUCCUCAAAGUUCCAGCUGCUGGCUUCAAAAGCACAAAGGAAAGAGGGCUUAUCCUACAGUCUGUGUCUCAGGAUGUCUACCAGAAUUUAGCAUUAGAGGAUUGGAUCCAUGAUAACAUGGAUUUAGAGAAGAGGCACGUUCUUCUCCUCUGGAGAAAUUCUUCUGCUGUAGUGAUUGGUCGACAUCAGAAUCCCUGGCAGGAAUGUAACCUUGGAAUCAUGAGGCAGAAGGGUAUAAAACUUGCUCGAAGAAGAAGUGGAGGAGGUGCAGUUUACCAUGACAAAGGCAACAUUAAUCUAACUUUUUUCACUGACAGAAAAAAAUAUGAAAGAAUUGAAAAUUUAAAACUCGUUGUUAAAGCUUUGAAGUCCCUGCGACCCCAGCUAGAUGUUCAUGCUACUGAGAGAUAUGAUCUCUUGUUAAACAAAACCUUUAAAAUUUCAGGAACUGCUGCGAAAUUAGGAAGAACAGCUGCUUAUCACCACUGCACUUUGUUAUACAGUACUGAUAAAUUGGUUCUAACAUCUGCGUUAAAGACUCCUAAUAGUGGAAUCCAAAGUAAUGCCACACCAAGUGUGCCUGCAUUAGUGAGAAAUCUCUAUGAAGAAGAUCCCACAUUAACUUGUGAAAUGCUUAUGGAAGCCAUUGCUGGCGAAUACGCUUCACAUCAUCACAUUGAAAACCAUAUCCAUGUUAUAAAUCCAGCCGAUGAAACAGAAUUCCCUGGGAUUAACAACACAGCCAUAGAACUAAAAGCCUGGAAUUGGCUAUAUGGAAAAACACCAAAGUUCAAAAUCAGCACAUCCUUUAAUAUAGGACAUGAGGAAUCCAAUGUUGAAAUUCAGAUAAGUAUGGAUAUAAAGAAUGGUAACAUUGAAACUUGCCAAAUAGAUGUCCCUCAGAACUGGCUGCCACUGGAUGUGUGUGUUGAACUCAGGAACAGCCUAAUUGGCAAUAGGUUUUGCCCAAAUGAAAACACUGCCGUGACAACUGCUUUGCUAAGAAUGUGGGCAAAUUCUACAUUACACAGCAAAUUGCAUAUCUUAUGUGAGAAGAUAAUAACAUUAAUGUAAUUUAUAUGAUUAGCUGGAUUCUUAGGUAUCAGAUUAGUAGUUUGCUAAUACAUGCCAUGUAUGAUUUUAGAAGAGUUCAAUGAAUGUAAAUUUAAUGUUACAUAUAACUACUGAACAAAAAUAACACUUGAAUAUAAAAUUCCUUUUUAAGGGAAGUAGUUAAUUGAUAUUGCAGUCGUUAUCUAUCUUCUCAAACUCCACUGAGUUUAAUGGAACUUGGAAUGCAUUUAAUGGAAUGCAAUAAUAAUAAUAAUAAUAAUAAUAAUAAUAAUAAUAAUAAUAAUAAUAAUAAAUAAUAAUAAUACACUUGGGUGAGCAAAAAUGUGGAGGAAAAACUAUAACUAAUAGCCAUUUUCAAAUUCAAUAUAUUACUGGUCCAAACACCCAAAUUAUAGCCAUAUUUGAAUUGACAUUGAAACAUUACUCCAGUUAUAAUCAACAAAAUUUAAAAGAUUAUUUGUUCUGCCUGUCUUCUGUGCUGGAUAAGAGUUGACUCAAUGUGAAAUAGGCGGCAAAUAAAUUAAUAAAUAAAUAACAUGUUAGCAACCUUGUGAAAGGUCAUUUGGUUUCUUUUCUUUUAAAUUACUUUUCACCAGUUCUUACUUCACCAUUCUAGUAAGAACAGAAGAUCUGUAUCGGGUGAAAAGUACAUUUUUUAAAAACAAGCCUUUAUUCCAACAGUUUUAUAUUCUUACUUUUGAUUAAUCCAAAUUUAUUGACAAAAAUUAAAAAAUGACAAGGUAUACAAAUAAUAACUUUAAUAAUACAAUAUUAUAAAAAAACACCUAUACCCAGUAACAUUCAAAAGGACAAGAUUUCAAGUAAUGAAAUUGUUUAAAAUUUCCAUGACAUAUUGGAUCAGAUGUUUAUCAUUUAUUUGAUUCCAAAAUAUCACUAUCACCUAAUAAUUUUAUUGGAAUAAAAACGGGGGUAGAUUCUGAGGAGAAAAAAAAACUAAUUACAACACGGCCAUGUUACAAAGCAGGUUUUAGAAAUGGCACAUCAGGACUAGUAAAGUUCUUUAAAGAACCCAUAGAUGACAUAUGAGCUGAAAAUUGCAAGCAUGUACAAUAUUUUGAAAGUUCAGAGGAUGUGGUUCACUAUUAAGCUCGCAGCAAAAUACAUAGCUCAGCUGGAUGGCCAUGGCAUCUUUUUCUUCCAUCCUGAUUGAACAUAUGUGUGUGUGGUAGUGGCAUGGUUUUUGUAGUUUGAAAAAAGCAAAAAGCAGGUGGACUCCAUUCAAAAUACAUCAGCAUGCUAUGUGACCUAAGUGACUGCUGUGUAACUGUCCAAAAAUCCUCUCCAUUCAGCACCAUUUAAUGUUCAACGAAUUUGGCAGGCACCUUUUCUCUAUAUAUAUACAAUACUUCAUAUAGCUUGAGGCAAUUGUAGCUAGCUCUGUUUUUAGACUGCUAAAUUCAAAAGUCCUUGGCUUAUGAUAACAAUUGACUGGAAUUGCUAUUGCUAAGUGAUGCACUCAUAAAGUGGGACAGAAGUUUUGCAGGGCUACAUCAAAUGAUCAUUAAACAAGCAGCUCACAUGACUGACUUCCAGCCAGUUUUCCCAGCUUUUGUUUGUGGGAAGUUGGCAGGGAAUAUUGGAAAUCACAAUCACAUGACCACAGUCCCGGAAACAACAUAAUCCCAAGCAGGACAUCAAGUAAAUAUCCAAAUGGCAGUCAUGACUGGGGACAAUGCAACAGCUAAACUAUGAGAAAACUAUUCAUUCAGUCAUAACUUUGAACGAACCUGUAUCUUAGGUUUAUUUUAGCUAUUUGUUUGAAGUAGUGACUCCAGUCAUUGCAUUUUUAAAAUAUAUUCAGUAGUUGGUUUUAAUUUAAUUAUUCUUCCAAUAUUUUACCUGAUGUUAAUUAAGGUAAGGUGAUUAAGGUGAUUUUCCUUUAAGCAAAAUUUAACAGUCGAAGCCUCUUUUAAGGGUAUCUUGAGAUAAACGUAUUUUUUUGCUUAAACAACAAUUUAUUUUAUUAAAAAGCAUAUUAAAUAUACACCUUGACAAG